AUGGUGUUCGGCCACUACAUCCCCCCUCUGGGGCUCAAGAACCUACACAGCUACAAGUAUACUUCUGGAGGCUACACGCCUCUGGAUAAGUUGAUGAACCCGUGGUGGGAAUAUGUGGCUUCCCUCGUGCCCUCGACAGUUCACCCCAACACGCUGACCGUACUUGGUUUUCUCUGCGCGAACGCAGCUGCGAUUUUGCAGCUGUGGCACACGCCUACCUUGUCGGAAGACGCGCCGCGGUGGGUGUUUUUUGCUGUCGCACUCCUCUUCUUUCUCUACCAAACAUUUGACGCAAUCGAUGGAAAACACGCGCGCCGAAACAACCUGAGCUCUCCGCUCGGCCAGCUCUUCGACCAUGGGUGCGAUAUCAUCCUCACGACCCCUCUCACGCUGGUCAGCAUCGCUGUAAUUACAGCUGGAACCGGCUUCUUGCAGCAUUUCAUCGCCAUGACGAGCUCCCAGGCGCUCCAGUUCAUCUACAUGUGGUGGGAACUGCAUUUCCACGUGUUUUACGCCGCCACAGGCUUCAUCGGCGUCACGGAGGCUCAGAUGGGAGUGAUGGCCAUGGCGCUGAUUUCUGGAGUGUGCGGCCCUUACGUGUGGAGAUACAGCCUCUUGAAGCUUCUUCCUUCGUCCUCUCUCAAAGACGCGCUCACCUACAUCUCGAGCGCGUUCCACGUGGAUCUGACGGGCCUGCUGGUGGUGCAGGCUAUCCUCAUCGCGUGCAACCUGCCGUCCCUUCUGUACUGCGUCGUUGCUGGAGUGGCUCGCGCGCCGAAACGCCGCCUCGCUGUCUGCCAGUUCCUCGGCUUUGUCUGCUACAUGGCAGCCCAAGGAGCCCUGUGGCAUACGUGCCUCGAGGGAGCUCCAGAAGACCGAACCACGCCGGGACUCAUCUACUUGACCGUGACAACAUCCUACAGCAUUUUGCUGCUGCGAAUCUGCCUCAGUGCGACGUGCCGCUUCCCGUUUAAACUGAUUAACCGUCCCGUAAUUCCCUUCUUCCUGGUGGCGAUCGGAAUCGUCGCGUGCCCGUGGUGCCGCGUCCAUCGAUAUGCUCUCCUGGCGGCGGUGAACGUGUGGAACAUCGCCUACCUCGCCGACUUCCUAUACACAAGCGUCUCAGACGUAUGUGUGUGCCUGGGCAUUUCUUGUUUCCGGGUGGGCUACUGCAAAAAGAAGAAGGAGGAAGCCGAGAAGGAACUAAAGGGGUUGUCUGCGGCCUUCGACGCCACCGGAAAAGAGCUGAGGCAGCGGGAAACCGCCAAAGUCGUGCCUGAGCCCUGUACGCGAGACGAAGGCGACAACAUCCCUGUCGCUGAUUUGAGGGACAGCAGACGCCGAGGUGCGUAG